AUGCGGCGCACCAGGCAAACCAAACGUCUCAGUUGCUUCUACUGCGGCAAACAGACAGGCCUCACGUAUGAUGGCACGAUAACCAACUUCCUCUGCCUCUCCUGUGAGGCGACAAACUACCUAGAUCACAAUGGUGACAUCACCGACCCUCCCGUCGCAACAGAAGGUGAAGCUGCCGCGCCCUCACAAUAUGCCAGACCACAAUCCGUCGCCGCUGCCCGGCCGGACGUCGUCUUUUGCGAAACCUGUCUCAAAAACCAGCACCUCUUUACAGCGUCUCUGGCGCAGUAUCUCCCGGACGACCCGUCCCACCCAGACUACGACGAGCUCGAUCGAAAUUACUACCGCUACAGACGCAAUCUUGAGAAGCGCUACCCGCAGGUCUGCGACGAGUGCGCCGACAAGGUGCAGAAGCGCAUACGAGAAGCCGGCUACACGGCAAAAACGGACCAUCUGCGGCGCAUGAUGGACAAGAGCCGCGGGCGCAAGGCGACGCGCAAGGCUGGCGUCCUCGACGUGGCCAGCGCGCUGGGCGCCUGGCUCUGGCGCGGCGGGCUCGUGGCACAGUUGCUAUGGCAUGUGCGACACAUUCUGCAGGCCUUGGAGCGUCCGGAUGACGGCAUGUACGACCCAGACGACGCGAGCGUAUACGUGAAAUCACUGGUGGCGGCCAAGCCUGUGUUGACGUGGCUGCCAGACGGAGAUGUACUGAUACAGAUGAGCAUCGCGGCGGCUAUCCUCUCAUCAUGGUGGAAUCCACAUUUCGUGCAAUUCACGAGGGGCUUUACGAGACAUUUGCUAGGCUUCACGCGCUGGUACUCGUUCCAGGGCUUGAUAAUUUUCUUGCGCAUCCUCUUCCGUAGUGUGUUGGGCAUACACGGCGGAGAUGCGCCAUCACAGAGCGCACAGUUGAGUGUACAUCUAGCCACUGCGGGCAUCAUGUGUUUCAUUUACAUCAUGGCAGGUAGAUCCAUCAAAGUAGACACAGCGCCACUGUUCCGGCCCGAGAACAAACCCUUGACGCCGCGCCGAACCAUGACACCGGCCAAGCGCAGAGAAGAAGACUCCAAGACCUUUUCCGAAUUGAUCAACGAGGCCCUCGACUCGACACCCCACAAAGGUGGCCUCUUGUCCGCGGGCGCGACGCCCGGCACACCAAACUACGCAUCCAGUAGCGCAUUCGUCCCACCAAGCCAGAUCAAGAUGAUGCAGCAGCGCGGCUUCAACGACUCGCCGCUAGCGUCGGCAGCGUCCUUCAAGCCGCUCUCGCAGCCGCCACCCAUUGAUAAUGGCAGUGACGAGAUGGACUGGUCACCAAGCCAGCCGCAACACCGCGCGUUCCGCGACACCACGGACAAUGGCGGGCAACCCCGGCCGUUUGGCCAGUCCCCGACGCACCCUGAUCAGAGCAAGAACCCGUUUUGGUUCAAGGUGCCUCCCGCGCCGACCAAUCCCGCGCGGCAGCUGCGCAACCCACCCAACAUGCCCAUCUUGCGCCAGAAACCCGUCGAGCGCGACGACGUCUUCUUCACCAGCCGCCGCGACAGCGCCGAGUAUAAGAACCGCCUGGGCCCGACGGGUGCCGGCACCAGCUUCCGCAACCCGACUUUCUUUGCGCCCGAGAAGAAUGACGAGGCCAAUUCCCUCGCCGACCUCCUCGGCGAAAGCUUCAGCCUAGGCCGGGGAAAGCAGCAAGGCCAACAACAACAACAACCCCACGACAGAACGUCAUCGACCUUUUCCUCGCCCUUUUCUGUCAAGCGGCACGCGGCCCCGCAACACCCUCGCGCGCUUCCUCGUCACCGCCACCGCCCCGUCGAGCUCGUGGCCCUGGCCGUUCUGCUGCCGCUCUGGCUGCUGCUGUCGGCCUUUCCAUCGCUCCUGUACGGGACAGCGCUGCGGGGUCUGGUGCUCGUCGGCGCGGGCGCCAUUGCGCUGAGCGGCACGCCCGAGAUGGACGACCAGCGCGAUGGGCGGCGAUUGGAGCCCCCCAAGCUCGUGGAUGCCCUGCUCUCGGCACUUGGCGUCGUGGAGCUCGCGGCCGUGUGCUGGGUCGGCUGGGAGACGUGGACAGGACGCGUGGAUGUCGAUGCGUACGGUACAGGUGUCUUGACGGUCAUGCUGGCACACCAUGCCGCGAGCCUUUUGCAGGCCUGA